UAACUUCCUGAGUUAGGUUGGACGUUUCCUGUACAUAUCUCCCUUCAUCUUCGAGCCAAGUUAGCGAUUUGUAGUAAUUGUCAUCAUUUUGUGGUUCUUGGGAGGGUCACCAAGAGGUUGUACUGAUUUUAGUACUACCUGCAAACUGCCGCAUCAAAAUAAUAUGGCUGGUCGCACUUUGCCUCCAAAUCGCUCCCGUACUUCACUUGAUCAGGAACGAGAAAAUUUUGAAAAAACACAAACUUUGGCUAUCUGUAAGGCGGUAAAUGAAUCUGAGGUACCCGUUAAAUCCAAGCAUGUUCGCAGUGCCAUUAUUGGUACCUUUCAAGGUAAGGGGAGCCAGGCUUUUUGGUCUAUUAUCCUGAGGUUACCAAUACAUUCAAAUCCAAUUGUUGCAUGGAAAUUUUGCAACACUUUACAUAAAAUUUUGCGGGAGGGGCAUCCAAAUGUCUUGAAAGAUUCCCAGCAACAUAGAGAUUUUUUAGUUGACAAGGGGAAGUUAUGGGGACAUUUUAAAGAAGGAUAUGGAAAGUUGAUAUAUGUAUACUGUCGACUACUUGUGGUCAAGCUGGAUUUCCACAAAAGAAAUCAAAAAUUUCCUGGCAAUCUGAUGUUAAAAGAUGAAGAAAUCGAUUUGGUCUGUGAACACGACAUUAACUUGUAUUUCCAGUUGUCUGUUGAGCUGCUGGAUUAUAUGGAUGAAAUUCUUUCUCUGCAAACGGCUGUGUUUGGUUCAUUGGAUAUGUCGCGAUCUAAUUCUAUGACGAAUGCCGGGCAGUGCCGUCUAGCUCCUCUCAUUCCAUGCAUUCAAGAUUCUUCGCAAGUUUAUGAUUUCAUCGUGAAGCUUCUUUUUAAACUGCACAAUUGUCUUCCUCCCGACACUUUGGAGGGUCACCGUAUCAGAUUUCAAAAACAAUUUAAGGCUUUGCGGCAGUUUUAUUUACAAUCCAGCACUCUCCAAUAUUUCAAAUCACUUAUCCAAGUGCCUAACUUGGAUGAGAACCCACCGAACUUCUUGAUAUCCAGUGAGCUAAGUCGUCACGUCACGCCAGUUGUUAUAUUACCAAACGAAACAUUUCAGCCAUCGCAUGUUGAUGAAACACUAGUUCAACUGGAAUCCGACCUAUCAGAAAGCAACGAGUGUUCCCCGGAUUUGUUGCUUGAAAGAGAUCGGUACAUAGAACAUCUUUUACAUCAGCUGGAACAAUUAUCGGCCGAACUGAGGAAGGUUCGUGCCGAAUAUAAUCAGGAGACUGGGAUUCUACGGCAGGAAUUGCUUAAUAUGGAAAUUCGCUUAUCUGAGAAAGAAAACGAAAUUCAAGAGGCUAUGAAAGACAAGGAAACUAUUGAACGAAAAUUAAGCGAAGCAGCAAAAUCGGCGCAAAUGGGCUCCGUCGUCCAAUUACAGUUAGACGAAACCGAAAAACGUGCUAAAGGAUGGGAAGAUAAGUUUGUGAAACUGAAAGAAGUUUAUCAAAAAUUGCGCGAUGAGCAUAUUAAACUUCUACGUCAUAAGGCGGAAAUCGACAAAAAGUUUUCAGUCGCCAACGCUGCGCUCGAACAAAGCCAAAAAAUACAGUGCGAACUUCAAGAUUCACUUCAGUUAUCGAAGGCGAGUAUCAAAGAAACAGAAAACGAGUUUAAUGUGUUGAGAACGGCUGACGCUGCAACGAUCCAAAAACUUAAUAAUGAAAAUGUAGCUCUUCAAGAGAUCAACAGCCAAUUAAAUAUGUCGCUGUCAACCGCCGAAAAAAAAAUUGCAGAGACCGAAAAUUUACUUUCAGAAUUUCGGGAACAAAAUAAUAAGCUUGUAACCGAGGUACAACAACUGAAUGCUACCUUAGAGUUGACGGCAAAGGAGCGGGAGGAAAUUGUGAGCGAUUUUGAGCAGUUGAAGGUAAGGGCAGCGAAUAUUGACGUUGAGUUUUCAGCAUUCAGAUCUUCUCAGGAUGCCACAAUUCUUCAGCUUAUGAAAGAAAAGGAAGAGGUAUCAGUGAAUAAAAUUAAUUUGCAGGAAAAAUAUGAGAAUCUUGAAACAUGCUAUCACAUGGCCAAUAAACAAAUUAAUGAUGCCCAAGAAGAAAAACAAGCAUUAGCGUUGUUGACUGUUGAGCUGAAGAAGGAAUUGGAGCUUAUGAACCAAACAUCAAUCGAUUUAAAAGAAGCAUUGAACCAAUCAAUCGAAAGUAGCAAGAAAAUGGAACAAGAGUACAGUGAUUAUAAAAUCAUUAAAGAAGCUGUCAUACUUGAUGUUAGUGCUGAAAAAGAGAAAUUGAAAUCGUGUGCCACCGACAUGAAAACGUCGCUGUCAACCGCCGAACAAAAAAUUGCAGAGGCCGAAAAUUUACUUUCGGAAUUUCGGGAACAAAAUAAUAAGCUUGUAACCGAGGUACAACUACUGAAUGCUACUUUAAAGUUGACGGCCAAGGAACGGGAGGAAAUUGCGAACGAUUUUGAGCAAUUGAAAGUAAGGGCAGCGAAUAUUGAACUUGAGUUUUCAGCAUUCAAAACUUCUCAGGAUGCCACAAUUCUUCAGCUUAUGAAAGAAAAGGAAGAGUUAUCAGAGAAUAAAAUUAAUUUGCAGGAAAAAUAUGAGAAUCUUGAAGAAUGCUUCCACAUGGCGAAUAAACAAAUUAAUGAUGUCCAAGAAGAAAAAAAAGGCUUAGCGUUGUUGACUGUUGAACUAAAGAAGGAGUUGGAGCUUACGAACCAAACAUCAAUCGAUUUAAAAGAAGCAUUGAACCAAUCAAUCGAAAGUAGCAAGAAAAUGGAGCAAGAGUACAGUGAUUAUAAAAUCAUUAAAGAAGCUGUCAUACUUGAUGUUAGUGCUGAAAAAGAGAAAUUGAAAUCGUGUGCCACUGACAUGAAAGAAAGCGUUUCCAUGUUAGAAAAACAUGUACAAAAUCUAGAAAGUGAAAAUGCCCAACUGCAGGAGGAAACCCAGAAAUUAUUACAUCAGAAAGAUUUGUUAUCCACUAGUUACAAAUCGGAGCUUCAUACUAGCAAAUUGAAAUCCAUCAAUUUGUUUCAUCAGCUAUUAAUAAAUUGUUGCUUAAAGGCCGAGCAAUAUUUGGGAAAAUGUGUCACGGACUUAUCGAAACCACCCGUGUUUGCCUUAAACGUUCAAGAUCAUGGAGGAUCUACCAUAGCCGGAGCUGUAUCUUUAUUGGAAACACUAUCGGAGUCUUUGUGUUCCUAUUGUUCAAACAACAAAAAUGAAGAAAUAGCAUGCUUCACAAUACCUCUGAUAUUCCCUUUUGUACAGUCAGUUGACUGGAUGCUUCUUCAUGGACAGCAGCUAGCUCAUAGUCUAACAGAUAUCGACAAAGUUGAUGAUUUACUGAAGAAGUGUGUUGCCGCAGGAAAAGUAGCAGUACUCUUCUUUAAAGUCUUACAACAACCUUUUGAAAUUGAGGAAAUCAACUUGAAUUCAAACAAGGUCAAAGAUGCAUUGCGGGAUCUUGAGAAAGAAAUUGAGUUCGUAAUGGAAUCAUCGAAGAACAGUUCCGAACAAGGAAACGUUGGAGAAGAACUCGAAAACGAAUUAGGAGCAAUGGAGCGUGCUAUAGAAGAGGCAGCUGCGCGAAUUGCUCAACUUUGGGAUAAUUCUAAAAAGUCUCACACCGGAGUAAAGCUAGAAGUGAGCGAAAAGGUUCUAGAUUCCUGUACUGCUUUAAUGAAGGCGAUUGUCGAAUUGAUUCGAAAUGCCAAAGUGCUUCAAGAAGAAAUAGUAGCACGUGGCAAAGGAUCGGCAUCUGCACGAGAUUUUUACAAAAGAAAUCAUCGUUGGACGGAAGGACUGCUAUCCGCAGCGAAGGCCGUCGGCUUUGGUGCAAAACUAUUGACAGACGCAGCAGACAAUGUGGUUAAAGGGCAGGCUAAGUUUGAACAGUUAACAGUGGCAUCUCAAGAAAUAGCUGCAUCAACAGCUCAGCUCGUAUUUGCUAGCCGUGUUAAAGCGGAACUCCAAAGUAAAAAUCUUCAAAUAUUGGCUGAAUCAUCUAAGGGUGUUUCGCUGGCCACCGGAAGAGUUGUUGCAACAGCCAAACAUUGUGCACAACUUGUUGAGGAGUCCACGGUUUUGGAUUUUGCACAUUUAACUUUACAUCAAGCGAAACGAUUAGAGAUGGAGUCGCAAGUUAAAGUGUUGGAAUUCGAGUCUUUACUGGAAAAAGAACGUCUUCGAUUAUCAGCCCUUCGAAAACAGCAUUACCAACUUGCUGGAGACGCUGAAUCAUAAAAAAUAAAUGUGAACA